GGGGGGGGGGGGGGGGGGGGAUUGAGAGUGUUGAGGAUAUAGACGCAUAGACAGCAUAGACAGCAUAGACGCAUAGACGCGUACACACACACACACAGCUGUAAAUUGAAUAGAUUGAAUGAAGCAUUUUGUUUUUGUUUGUUCGCAUGAUUGCAUUCGGACUCCAAUUGGCUGCUGUGUCUUCUCGGACCACACAUCACCCAAAGGACACUUUGACAAGACAAAGACACUUCUUUCUUUCUUUCUUCUUCUUCUCAUCCUUCCUCGACUCAUCACCCAACCCACCGAAUCAACCGCCAGGCACCACCACCACCACUACCCACAACACAGACUCAGAAACCCCAAUGUCUUCGCUCGCCAACCCCGUCAACUGGAUCCUAGCCGCGGUCCUGGGCUAUAUCUCCUACAAUUACUUCUCGGCCUCUGCAGCGCCCCCACCAGCAGCAGCAACCCGUCCCAAGCAACCGGCCCUGGUUUUUAAGGAAUACACCCCCAAGGAGCUGGCGGCCUUUGACGGUCGGACGGCGGAGACCAGGAUCUUGAUGGCCGUCCAAGGAAAGGUCUUUGACGUGACCCGGGGACGGAACUUUUAUGGACCAGACGGCCCCUAUGGAAACUUUGCGGGCCGGGACGCCUCGCGUGGACUCGCCAAGAACUCUUUCGACAAGUCGAUGCUCUCGCCCAUCGACGGCCCCAUCGACACCCUCGAGGGCCUCGACGAUGACGAGAAGGAGGCCCUCCACGACUGGGGCGCGCUUUUCGAGGGCAAAUACCAGCUCGUCGGCAAACUCGUCGAGAACAAGGAUUGAAAAAUAAAACAAAUCAUUUCUAUCUUAG